AUGGGGAGUGUUACUUUCACCCUGGUCCUCACCCUGGCUCUGGCGGCAUUCGUCACCCCUGUGGAGAGGAAGUGCCGGCUCAGCGGGCUCUGGAGGAAUGAGCAGGACUCACUGAUGGAGAUUUCGGCAGUGAGGGACGACGGAGACUUCCAUGGGAAAUACCUCACGCAGGUCACCCUCACCGGUGGCUGCGCCCGUGCCUCCCCCCUGAAAGGCGCCCAACAGCAGCCCGGCGAGGGAGGCUGGCCCACCUUCGCCUUCACCGUGCGCUGGGACAAGUUCUCCAGUAAGUCCACCGCCCCCCCCGCGUCCGCGGGGCAGUGCUUCGUGGAUGCGGCCGGGAAGGAGACGCUGACCACCAUGUGGCUGCUGCGCGAAGCUGUCGGGUCCCUCAAGGAGGACUGGAAAGCCACGAGGGUGGGCAGAAACGUCUUCACACGCAAACGCAUCCCAAAAGGAAAGAUCCUGCCGAGCUUGUCCCCAUCCUGUGAGGACGCAUCUUGGCCCACCCCAUGA